CCGGGCUGUCCCCUCCCCCACGUGGAGCAGUGCCCUGACUAAGCCCGGAGCUGCCGGGUGCGGCGAUGCGGCCCCUGACGGAGGAGGAGACCCGGGCCCUGUUCGAGAAGCUCGCGAAAUACAUCGGCGAGAACAUCCAGCUGCUGGUGGACCGGCCCGACGGCUCCUACUGUUUCCGCCUGCACAAGGACCGGGUUUACUACGUCAGUGAGAGAAUCUUGAAGGUGGCGACCAGCAUCCCUGGGGACAAGCUGGUGGCACUGGGCACCUGCUUUGGGAAGUUCACCAAGACCCAGAAGUUCCGGCUCCACGUCACUGCCCUGGAUUACCUGGCUCCCUAUGCCAAGUAUAAAGUGUGGGUGAAACCUGGAGCAGAGCAGUCCUUCCUUUAUGGGAACCACGUGCUGAAAUCUGGCCUAGGCCGCAUCACCGAGAACACAGCUCAGUACCAGGGUGUGGUGGUGUAUUCCAUGGCCGAUGUUCCUCUGGGUUUUGGAGUAGCAGCAAAGUCUACCCAGGACUGCCGGAAAGUGGACCCCAUGGCGAUCGUAGUGUUUCAUCAGGCUGACGUUGGGGAGUACGUGCGGCAUGAGGAGACACUUACUUAAAGGGCAGCCAGCAGCACAAGGCUCUGAGGACUCAGCUGCACAUGGCAAUGAAGCGUGUUGUGAAAUCAGAACUCAAAGCAGCAGCAGGGAGCUCGCCUGGGAUGGGGCUUUGCAGGCUGCUGUGGAGGAUUACAGACCAGUCUACCUGUGACUUAGUCAUAACUAUUGUGAGCUCUGAGGAGUGCCUGUCCCAGCCUGAAGGAGACAGGGAUUACAUAAAACGUGUUUUCUAUCUAAUAAAAACCAUGUUGGUGUGGCCUAGUGAAAGAACUCAGCUACUUAGUCCUAAGCUCUGCCCAGGAACAGCUCUUACGCUCACAGACUAAAGGCAGUUUUCUCAGUAGUAGCUGCGGAGGGGGGUAGAUCACCUUAAUGCAGCCACCUACUCCCUCCAUGGGUGCUAGGGCAAGCUGGAAGUUCUGUGUAGCAGGAGACGGAGGUGAACACGGCUGUUUCAGUCAACAGGAACAAAGUGAUUCCUCCCCUCCCCCAGGAUUGUUUCUGCCUUGUUCCCCAACAGAGACCCAAGUACAGCGAGAGGGGGAGCUGACAGGGUUGUGCAACUGGAGGACACCAUGACCACACCCCCGGGGCUAAUCAGAAGCCGUGUAGGUGGGUGCUGUAGCAGUGGCUUCCGUGCCAGGGAGCAGCCCUGGUUCCUAGAGGAUGGUGGCUUCAGACAGGACAGUGCUUGCGCAGUGUGAACUGUUUCUUUUAUUUAUAAUAUGUGAACAGCUUUUCAAGCCAUUUCACUAUUAGACCAUUGGGCAGGUUAGGCCUAAACCAACAGUGAACCAUCCCCUCUCCCUCCCCCCAAAAUGGGUCUUGUGCUACAGGCCGAGUAGAGAAUAAAGAUAAGAUAAAGAGCCAGCUGGACGCUAGGGCAUUGAGGGGAAUUCUGUACCUGAAAAAAUUCCCCAGUCCAGCUCCUUCCACAGGUAGGAUCUCCCAUUCUUCCAUGGAGGCGGAGGGGAGAAAGGAUGAGAUGGAGUUCAGUGUGCUCUGCAGUG